AUGGAUGUAACUGAACUAAAACUAAAGUUUGAAGCAAUAAAAGGAAAAUAUGGUAUUGAUUUUGAUCCUAAACCGGAACAAUUGCAAGUUGCUAAGUAUAUUAUUGAAAAACAAAAUGUAAUAGGAUUGCUUCCUACUGGAUAUGGAAAGACAUUUUGUGCCGCUCUGUCGUCAAUGCUGGUCAACAUAGAAAAUCCUAUUUCAUUAGUUAUCUCACCUUUAAGGGCACUUAUGGAUGACCAAAUACAGACUCUUAACAACUGGAACUUUACGGCCGUUAAAAUAGAGCCGGAUAUGGAUUCCGGAAUUGUUAAGGAUGUAAAAGAAGGCAAAUUCAAUUUUGUAUUUUCCUCCCCGGAAAUGGCUCUCAAACCGUAUUGGAAAGAUAUUUUCAUGUCAAAAGUGUGGAGAGAAAACACUAUUGCCCUCGUCGUAGACGAAGUACAUUGUGUGUCUGAAUGGGGCGAGGACUUCAGGAAAGAGUUCAGGCAUUUACACGAACUUCGAUCGGCAAUACGGGCCCCUGUCUUAGCACUAACUGCUACUUCUACAGAGGCUGUUAAACAAGACAUCAAAAAAUACCUCCAGAUUGAUGAUGCGGUAGUUAUCGAAAAAUCACCAGACCGGCCUAAUAUAUUCCUCGAUUUUCAAAAAGCCGACUCUACAGAUUUAGAAGAAAAAAAAGACUGGCUGUUGACUCAUCUACGCGAGAGAGGUUCAGCUGCGAAAAAAAUAAUUGUAUAUUGCCGCAGCAUAGAUAGAGUUGCCGAUGUAUUUAUUAUAUUACGGCGCAGUUUGGGAAUAGAUGCUUACGUGGAUAAUAUUAAAGAUUCCAAUCAUGCUCUGAUUGAAAUGUUUCACAGGAGUAUACAUGAAGAGUCUAAAACUAGAAUUAUCAGGAAAUUUAAGGACCCUAACUCAAAUCUGCGUUGUUUAAUUGCCACUGUAGCUCUGGGUAUGGGCAUACAAAUUAACGAUAUAGAUAUAGUGAUGCAUCUUGGGAGUCCCAAAUCCAUUCUGAGCUAUUGGCAGGAGGCUGGCAGAUGUGCAAGAGACGGUCGACCUGGCUAUUCUUUCGUUUUAUACGACAAUUUUACCUUGUCUUCAAAGGGUACAAGCAAGGACGUUAAGUCUAUUGUUGAUGGUGACAUCUGCUACAGGAAGACAAUUUUGAAGUACCUAGGCAAUAAAGAGGAUCGUAACGUUGAGGAGGUUUGUGACGGAGAAUGUGACACAGAAAGAUGCCUUUGUUCUAAAUGCAUGUGCUGUUCACACUGUCAACAGCAAUGCCCGUGUAAGGGAAAGGAAUUUGAUGUAGUGAAAUUCGCCAACUUUACCGACGGACCAACGAACCCGUUUUAUUAA